UGAUAUAUUUUCGUAAGUUUUUGAACUUAACGAGUUAUGGCGGAUGAAGCUGUACCAGAUGAUAAAACUGAUUCACAGGAGUCGUUAACACUUGAAGGACUGGAAUGUCUUAAGCUUGUUGACAAUUGGUCUUUCGAUGUAUUCCACUUCACGGACGUUGUCAAUAAUAAACCUAUCAAAUAUUUAACUCGCCAUCUCUUUGAUCAUUAUGGAUUGAUUCAAAAAUUUUCAAUUGAUCCUGUUAUUUUGGAAAAUUUUUUAAAUGCGAUUGAAACUGGAUACAAUUGUUUCGAAAACCCAUAUCAUAACAACAUGCAUGCUGCUGAUGUCACUCAAACCAUAAAUUCGAUGCUUCAAGAAACUGGCCUCAUCACCUGGUUGACAGAUUUAGAAAUAUUUGCUUGUUUAUUGGCUGCAAUUAUACAUGACUACGAUCACACUGGCACAACCAAUGGUUUUCACAUUGCCACCAAAUCAAAUAGAGCUCUAAUUUACAAUGAUCGUUCAGUACAAGAAAACCAUCAUUUAAGUGCUUCAUUUUUCAUUCUUCAAAAGGAUAGUUGCAAUAUUUUGUCAAAACUAUCUCGUGAUGAGUAUCGUCAGUUAAGAGGUUUAGUUAUUGACUUCAUUUUCAAAUCCAGAAAGACAUAA